AUGGCUACCUUCUUAUUGGAUGAGAUGAUCGAAAUCCUAUGCCGUUUAAGUGUAAAAGAUCUUCUACGCUUCAAGUGCGCAUCAAAGCACUGGUGCUCUUUGAUCGAUGAUCCAUAUUUCAUCAAACUCCACCUGUCCCAUUCCCUCAAAACCAAAACCAAUCACUCCCUUAUUCUCCGUCGGUAUGAGUACCACUUCUUCUCCGUCAACUACGACUCAGGGGAAACAAUCCAAAAACUCAACCACCCACUCGGUGAACAAAAAAAGGCCAUUAAAAUAUUGGGUUCUUGCAAUGGUUUGCUGGCUCUAAUAGACGACAACGAUAGAAUAUUUCUAUGGAACCCUUCAACGAGAAAAUUCCAGGUAUUACCUUCCACUGAAAUAGAGAUUUCAUCUCCAUCAAUUUGCUUUGACCGUUCAAAUUUUUACGGAUUUGGGUACGAUCCCAUUUCUGAUGACUACAAAUUGGUUCGAAUGGUCCAAUUACAUGGAAACAAUAAAGGCUAUCUUCACUCGGAAGCUAAGGUUUACAGCUUGAGGAGCAAUUGUUGGAGAAGGAUUAAGGAUUUCUGCUUUUAUCUUAUAUUUGCUCGAGAAUUUGGAUUUUUGGCUAACAACGCUUUACAUUGGAUGGUUUUUAAACCUCCCAAAUCGGGGAAACAGAACCUUGUUGGUUUCGAUCUCAGAACCGAGGAAUUCCGUUCCCUUGAAUUGCCGGAAUUUUGUUUAGAUAAGCUUUUUUGUUAUGACAUAAAAGCCAUGGGAGGUUUCAUUUGUUUGACUGCAACUUAUAGGGAGCUCGAUACUGUUGUGGUUGAUGUAUGGAUAAUGAAGGAAUAUGGGGUUAAAGAAUCUUGGAUUAAAUUGAUAUCAUGGAACGAACCCCACUUUAUUCCACGUUUUCCAUCUCUAGUAGCACCUUUGGCUUUUUCAAAAAAUGGUGACAAAGUUCUAUUCAACAUUUCUUACAAGUGCAGAAAUUUUGGCAAAUGGUACAAUCUUAGGGACAAGUUUGUGUGGUAUGAUUUGUGGGGCGAAAGGGUUGAGAAAGUUGAGAUUAGAGGUAUUCCAACUUCAUUUGAUGUGCACUUUUAUGUUGAGAGCCUUGUCCCUAUUAAUGGUAAUGCUGUAAUGAUCAACAAUGAGAUGCCCUAG